AACGGACAAAACUAAUCUCCUAACAAAUCAAACAGAAAUAGCUCAAUAACUUACCUGAAAAUCUCAUAAUUAGUAACAAGGAAAUAUUUGUGUACAUGUGUUUUACUCUUAAAAAAAUAUAAAAUAACAUUAGUCAACAAUUUUUUGAUCAAUAAUGCAAUGUUUGUUUUGAACGUACAAAUAAAAAAAAACCCGAACAUGUACGAACCAGCCCGAAGGGCAUGUCGAUCUAUGGGGGUGAAACUUAGGCUGUCCAAAAUGAUGUCAAAUAGUUUUUGAAUGAUAUUGUGGUGGAAUGCUGGCGUUCAGAUAUUUAGUGCUUAAAACAGCUAAAUUGUUUAUUUAUGAUCAAACGUUUUGUAAGCGCCACUACGUGCACUCGUGGCUGUCGCGACUGGCGAGAGGGGACCGCAACAUAGCCUCGACUGGACGGGGUCCCGUGGCGAGAGAGGACCCUGUCAUCAUGAAGCUGGACACGCCCGAGUUCCACUCCCUGUUCACCCCGGAGCUGGUGGCGCUGGUGUCCAUGUUCCGGCAGCACGGCUACGAGAUCCGGAUAGCGGGCGGGGCCGUCAGAGACUUGCUAAUGAAAAUAAAACCAAAAGACUUGGACUUUGCAACCACUGCAACUCCGGACCAGAUGAAGGAAAUGUUCACUGCGGAGAAUGUGCGAUUGAUAAACACGAAAGGAGAGAGACAUGGCACCAUCACACCUCGGAUCAAUGAUAAGGAGAACUUUGAGGUAACAACUCUGCGCAUUGACGUAUGCACGGAUGGGCGACAUGCAGAUGUGGAAUUCACUACAGAUUGGAAGCUGGAUGCGAACCGCAGAGAUCUGACCAUUAACUCCAUGUUUCUUGGACUCGAUGGCGUGGUGUAUGAUUAUUUCCAUGGCUACGACGAUUUGCAGGACCGGAGAGUCGCUUUCGUUGGAGAUGCCGCAACACGAAUCAGAGAAGACUUUCUGAGGAUUCUCAGAUAUUUCAGGUUUUAUGGCCGUAUUGCCAAAGACCCUCACAAACAUGAAGAGAAAACUCUUGAAGCGAUUCAGGACAAUGCAGAUGGCCUGAAGAAGAUAUCCGGGGAGAGAAUAUGGUCGGAGCUGCAGAAGAUUCUGGAAGGCAACUUUGCCGGAGAGCUGGUCAAGGAAAUGUUGAAGCUUGAUCUCGGACGUUACAUGGGUUUGCCGGAAACUCCCAACAUAGCGGAGUUUGAAAGGGUGUGGCAGAACCUCAAAAACCUCAAGUACAAUGCAGUUACACUGUUGGCUGCACUGUUUGGGAAUCAGGAGGAGGUGAUUACAUUCCACACUCGUGUGAAGUUGUCUGCAUAUGAACGAGACCUUUUGUUAUUCAUCGUUGCACACAGAGAGAACAAACCUUCAACAAAACCAAUCAGGCCGUACCAGCUGCUGGUGAUAGGCAGCAAGUGGAAGGCGUCGGAGGCGCAGGCGUGGGUGGCGGAACUGCUGAGGUACCGCGGGGACCCGGAGCUGCUCCGGCAGUUCGAGCAGUGGCAGCCGCCGAAGUUCCCCGUCAACGGCCACAUGCUGAAGGAGCACGGGGUGCCCGGAGGAAAACUUCUUGGUCCAGUUCUACAACGGUUAAAGGAAUACUGGGUUGAACAUGAUUUUCAGGUAGACUCAGAAGAGAUUUUAAAACAGAUUCCAUCUGUGAUGUGUGAUCUUGGAAUAUCAACCAAAAGAUGAACUUGCUUAGGCAAUGAAAAUGUACAUACUGAAAUUUUGCUGAAUGUGUAAGAUUGUAAAAAAUUGACCAAAUAAACAAGAAUUUAAUAAAUUGACGAAAAAAGCCAAACCAAUUUUUUUUGUCUUUAAGAAUGUUAUAUAU